CAGCGGGCGGCGGGCACGGGUGGCACGAGCAGGUGGGAGCCACCGAGGGGCGAGGCCGCCCGCGGGGGCGCCAGGCGGCGGGGAUUGCGCCGCGCCCCUGUCCGCGGUGCGCGCUCGCGGUGCGCACCGGGCGUCCUCGACUCUCGCGCGCCCAGCCUGCUCGGGCCCUACCUGCGGCGGCCGUCGGGGGCGCGGAGCCCCCAGCGCUGCCGAGCCGCAUGAACAAUAGGCGGCGGCGGCUCCCGCGGGCGGCCGCCCCACACUCUAUGGACCGACCGCUCCAUGGAGUCCUCCAGAUCGCUUAUCGGCUGCCUGGCGAGCGCCACUGUCGCCCCGCCGGGGGAGGAUGCCACGGGCGCAGGGGCCGAAGAGGAAGAGGACGAGGAGGAGGCGGCGGCCGAGCUAGGGUCUCACGCCGCGCUGCCCUACUGGACGGCUGUGUUCGAGUACGAGGCGGCGGGCGAGGACGAGCUGACCCUGCGGCUGGGCGAUGUGGUAGAGGUGCUGUCCAAGGACUCGCAGGUGUCCGGCGAUGAGGGCUGGUGGACCGGACAGCUAAACCAGCGGGUGGGCAUCUUCCCCAGCAACUACGUGACCCCGCGCAGCGCCUUCUCCAGCCGCUGCCAGCCGGGCGCGGAGGACCCCAGCUGCUACCCGCCCAUUCAGCUGUUGGAGAUUGAUUUUGCGGAGCUAACCCUGGAGGAGAUCAUCGGCAUUGGGGGCUUUGGGAAAGUUUACCGUGCUUUCUGGGCGGGUGAUGAGGUGGCCGUGAAGGCAGCUCGUCACGACCCUGAUGAGGACAUCAGCCAGACCAUCGAGAACGUUCGCCAGGAGGCCAAGCUGUUCGCCAUGCUGAAGCACCCAAACAUCAUCGCCCUCAGAGGGGUGUGCCUGAAAGAGCCUAACCUCUGCUUGGUCAUGGAGUUUGCUCGUGGAGGGCCUUUGAACAGAGUGUUGUCUGGGAAGAGGAUUCCCCCGGACAUCCUGGUGAACUGGGCUGUGCAGAUCGCCAGAGGGAUGAACUACCUACAUGAUGAGGCGAUCGUACCCAUCAUCCACCGAGACCUUAAGUCCAGCAACAUAUUGAUCCUGCAGAAGGUGGAGAAUGGAGACCUGAGUAACAAGAUUCUGAAGAUCACCGACUUUGGGUUGGCGAGGGAAUGGCACCGGACCACCAAGAUGAGCGCGGCAGGAACAUACGCUUGGAUGGCACCUGAAGUCAUCCGUGCUUCCAUGUUUUCCAAAGGCAGUGACGUGUGGAGCUAUGGAGUACUGCUUUGGGAACUGUUGACUGGCGAGGUGCCCUUCCGGGGCAUCGAUGGCUUAGCAGUGGCUUAUGGUGUGGCCAUGAACAAGCUCGCCCUUCCUAUCCCUUCUACAUGUCCAGAGCCUUUUGCCAAACUCAUGGAAGACUGCUGGAAUCCCGACCCCCACUCACGGCCAUCUUUCACAAGCAUCCUGGACCAGCUAACGACUAUAGAAGAGUCCGGUUUCUUUGAGAUGCCCAAGGACUCCUUCCACUGCCUGCAGGACGACUGGAAACAUGAGAUUCAGGAGAUGUUUGACCAACUCAGGGCCAAAGAAAAGGAGCUCCGAACCUGGGAAGAGGAGCUGACACGGGCUGCGCUCCAGCAGAAGAACCAGGAGGAACUGCUCCGGCGUCGGGAGCAGGAGCUGGCUGAACGGGAGAUCGACAUCCUGGAGCGAGAGCUCAACAUCAUCAUCCACCAGCUGUGCCAGGAAAAGCCCCGGGUGAAGAAACGCAAGGGCAAGUUCAGGAAGAGCAGACUGAAGCUCAGGGAUGGUAACCGCAUCAGCCUCCCCUCCGAUUUCCAGCACAAGUUCACGGUGCAGGCCUCCCCAACCAUGGAUAAAAGGAAGAGUCUGGUCAGCAGCCGAUCAAGCCCUCCUGCGAGUCCUACCAUCAUCCCGCGCCUUCGAGCCAUCCAGUGUGAGACAGUGACACCAGGUGAAAGUAGUAAAACCUGGGGCCGGAGCUCAGUUGUUCCUAAAGAGGAAGGGGAGGAGGAGGAGAAGAGGGCCCCAAAGAAGAAGGGCCGGACAUGGGGACCAGGAACACUUGGACAGAAAGAGCUCACGUCAGGAGAUGAAGGCCUCAAGUCCCUGGUAGAUGGAUACAAGCAGUGGUCAUCCAGUGCCCCCAACCUGGGGAAGGGCCCGAGAAGUAGCCCCGCCCUGCCUGGGUUCACCAGCCUUAUGGAGAUAGAGGAUGAGGAUAGUGAAGGCCCAGGAAGCGGGGAGCAUCAUCUACAGCAUUCACCCAACCAGUCCUACCUCUGUAUCCCAUUUCCUCGUGGAGAGGAUGGGGACGGCCCCUCCAGCGAUGGAGCUCAUGAGGAACCUACCCCAGUCAACUCAGCUACCAGUACCCCUCAGCUGACGCCGACCAACAGUCUCAAGCGCAGUGGGACCCACCACCGGCGCUGUGAGGUGGCUCUGCUCGGAUGUGGAGCUGUUCUGGCGGCCACAGGCCUAGGGUUUGACUUGCUGGAAGCUGGCAAGUGCCAGUUGCCUCCCCCAGAGGAACCUGAGCCACCAGCCCGGGAAGAGAAGAAGAGGCGUGAGGGUCUUUUCCAAAGGGCCAGCCGCCCUCGUCGGAGUACCAGCCCCCCCUCCCGAAAGCUCUUCAAGAAGGAAGAGCCAAUGACGUUGCUAGGAGACCCCUCUGCCUCCUUGACACUGCUAUCUCUCUCCUCCAUCUCUGAAUGCAACUCUACCCGUUCCCUAUUGCGUUCUGACAGUGAUGAGAUCGUGGUGUAUGAAAUGCCAGUCAGCCCAGUUGAUGCUCCACCACUAACCCAAUGCACCCACAACCCCCUGGUUAAUGUCCGAGUGGAGCGCUUCAAGAGAGACCCCAACCAGUCCCUGACUCCCACCCAUGUCACCCUCACAGCCCCCACGCAGCCUAGUGGCCACAGGCGGACUCCUUCUGACGGGGCACUUAAGCCAACAGCAGCCCCUGCAGCACCAGGCAGCAGGAGCCCCUCCAGCAACGGGAUGAGUCCCAGUCCUGGAACAGGCAUGUUGAAAACUCCCAGUCCCAGCCGAGACCCAGGUGAAUUCCCCCGUCUCCCUGACCCCAAUGUGGUCUUUCCCCCAACUCCAAGGCGCUGGAACACACAGCGAGACUCUACCUUAGAGAGACCCAAGACCCUGGAGUUUCUGCCUCGGCCACGUCCUUCUGCCAACCGGCAGCGGCUGGACCCUUGGUGGUUUGUGUCUCCCAGCCACGCCCGCAGCGCCUCUCCAGCUAACAGCUCCAGCACAGAAACGCCCAGCAACCUGGACUCCUGCUUUGCCAGCAGCAGCAGCACUGUAGAAGAGCGGCCAGGGCUUUCAGCCCUGCUCCCUUUACAGGCAGGGCCCCUGCCCCCUGCUGAGCGGACGCUUCUGGACCUGGACGCCGAGGGGCAGAGCCAGGAUAGCACUGUGCCCCUGUGCAGAGCUGGACUGAGCGCUCGUGGGCCUUCCCCCUAUGAGAUCCAACAGGAGUUCUGGUCUUAGUAUAAAAGGCGUCAGGGUGGGCAAGGGAGAAGUCGGAGGAGGCAGAGGGAGCUGGCUGGCACAGCCCGGUCUCAGUUAGGCCCCCUGGGAUCCAGACCUCCUUGCACUGAGAAUGCACUUUGAAGAUGGAAGGGAUGGGAGCAGGGCCACUUCAAAGGGUCUUCUGCCCUGCAGGAUCUUUUCUCCAUGUUCACUAGAGGGGCAGUGUCAGCUCUGGCUGUGUAGAGAGGGGUGCGUGCCCACCCUCCUGUCUUCCUUAUCUUUAGGGUGACACUGCAGAGUCAUUCAGCCAAAUCUGCCCACUGCCUCUCCUCCUCAGCCAGCCAUAGCUGUUCUGGGUUCCCUUUGUCAGCCCUGAGUCCUACCUGUUCACACACCUGUACUGAUGUUCUAUGAUUGAUCUGACUUAUUGUCCACUCUUCCCACCACUCAGUGUCACCUUGGUAUUUGAUGAGUGUCUUGUGUCCUAAGUCCUUUUGUGCCAGCUGAUGGGGACAGGCUGGCCUUAUGAAAGCCGGAGGGCUUGACAGACCUGGUACUACCUACCUGGGCAAAUCUCAAUGAGAACUGAGGGUUCAGAGAGGGAGGAAAGGAGACAGUCAGGAACAUACAGUCACCAUGGGUGGUUUGGUCUGGGUUUCGGCUUUAGAAACAAAGACAGAAAUCAGCAGCUGUUGCAUGACUUGGGUUUAGAUCACAGUUACACCAGGUUUGAAUAUGAGCAGAUGCAUUUCAGGAAUUGCUAUUUGGGAGAUACACCCCAGCUCUGAAAUCUAUUCUCUCCUCCAGUUUCUGGAAUCAGUGGGCUUUAGGUCAUGUGUGAUUCACAGAUAGCCUUGAACUAUGUCAGUAGCAUAUGGGGUUGGGCCCUGGACCGUGAGGUAUGGAACUAUGGGGAUUUCUUCAUUGGACUGUUCAUUUUGUGAUGCCCUUGAAGAAAAUGGAACCCUUAGUAAUAAUGUUUGGGUGCAGUGGGGCAGUCGCACGACACAGUUCCUGAGGCGCUCAGUGGCUGCUGACACCAUCUCUGUCUCUAUACACAGAGAGCUUUUGUGCCAGACCCUGUACCGUGAGCUGGGUAGCAGAGACCAGAGAGGCUAGUGCUAGUGUGUUUGGUAUUUCUUAAACUUGAAUAUUGAGCUUCAAAGUGUUUUUACCCAUUUUCUUCACUGUCCGCUCCCUCUGAGUCCCCUGUGCUGUAUGUGACAGUAACAGCUUAGUUGAGGUUACAGUCCCCAGUGGUGUUGGAGUCUGUCUACAGGCUGUUCCAGUACAGUUUGCCACCUGGAUGCCCAGAGGAGUUAGAGUGAUAAACAUGGUGCUGGAGACAGAUCUUAUCGGGGCUGUUUCUCUGGGAAGAACGUAGAUGAUAUUGACUCCCACAAGUUCUUUAUGAACUCCUCUGCCCUUUGUCUUGACCCUGCACCCCCAGUUCCAGACAGGGGAUCAGUGCUGAUGGUGUCAGCCUGGGUUUUGCUAUAAUAUCUGAUCUUCCCUCUUGAUUCUGUGAAAUGAGAAUGGAAGAGAUUAACUUUGCCCACACACGCUGACCCCUCAGCUAGGAGAGGAGAACUUGUGAACCCCAUUGUCCCAGGCAGCCCAGUGAUGAUGCUCCCCUGUUCUAAGCCACAGUCACCUGCACAUCUUGGCUGCUUUGAAGCUUUAAGCUAGGCUGCAACUGGCUCCAGCCUGUGCUCCAGCCCCGAGCAAGGCUUUUCCCUAUCCACUCUUUGACUGUAGCCAUCUCUCCAGGAAAGACAUUGUUACAGAUGCAGUAUACACUGAGUGGUCCCUGCAUGCCAUCGAGGGACAGGUGGCAUCUCCUUCAUCCCCGCCCAACAGAGAGAAGAAGGCUUUGCUAAAGAGAAGAUUGUAUGGGCUGUGUAAACUGCAGUGAGCCUGGGUUAAUGUGGGGGGAGGGGUCUUGUAAGCUCCUCCAAACCCGUGCAGUGCUGGCCCACUGCCUGCCACACUUCCCUGCGAGCCUAGACACGGGGUGAAUGUUAGUUGACAAGUUACAUUUGUGUGACAUAGGUUCCCUUAUCUGUGGUCAUGGUUAGGACCAGGCUUGGUAGCUGUGAAUAAACCCACUUAAGGGACAGUGGCUUCUCCCUUUCACUUCCCUUUCCCCAAAGACUUGGCUGUGUGCUUGGAACGCGUGUCCCCUGCCUUCAAGCUGCUAACAGGAUUGGAUACUGUUCUUUUCUGUGAGUCUUCUUAUGCCUUCACUUGCCAGUGCUUCUCCAUAGAGCUCCAGGCUGUUGCUGGGAACUGAGGAGAUGCCUCCAUUGCCACUUAGAGCUGAUUCCAGGAAGCUGUCACGGAUGCUUGUUCCUUGGUAUUCUUCGAUAUCGCUGUGACCUUGUAGGCAUCACAAUAACGAUAGCCUACAUUUGAACAACUCAGAAGAGGGAUGCUUUUCCUUUUGACCUUUAAAAAAAUGACAUUUUCCUCAUAUUCGAUACACUCAUCUCAAGAACAGGAAGACAGACAGACAGGCAGACGCUGUUUGGAUGGUUGAGUCUGGCCACCAGGCUCUGAGACCGCAUAAGAUGGCCCGUCUCCUCUGUUCUGCUUUUCUUGCAUGGCUCUGGUCUGUGUCUUGGUCCCUCGCAGGUCUCCUUCUAAAAGCCUCUAUCACAUACUUCCCUCCUCACAAGGGCAUUGAGACACUGGCUCCCUGCCAGCUUGAGGGCCAGCUUCUUCCCCUGCAGGAUGAGUGUGCCGAAGCUGACAGCGAGGCUCUCACCAUCUUUGCCUCUGGGCGUCCUGCCUUAGUUUUAUCCUUUGGCUUCUGGAAGCUGGGUGAUUUGGAGUUGGUUGAGCAUGAUUAAUGGGCACCCAAGCCAGGCACGUGCUCUCCCGCCACAUUGUGUAACUACAGGUGACUACAUGAUCAUUUUCUAGUUCCCUCCCCCCACUUAGCCUGGCCAGCUGAGUGUACUUACCAUUGGUGGCCUACUGGGAAAAUGGGAGCUUGGUGGCAGCAUCUGGGUGGCAGUUCGUUGUCUCUGGUUUUUGAGGAUCAUCCUUAGGGUCAUACUUGAUAAGGAUUCGAAAUCUGAGCCGGGUGUGGUGGUGCACGCCUGUAAUCCCAGCACUCUGGGAGGCAGAGGCAGGCGAAUUUCUGAGUUUGAGGCCAGCCUGGUCUACAGAGUGAGUUCCAGGACAGCCAGGGCUGUCAUGGCUAUACAGAGAAACCCUGCCUCAAAAAAAAACCAAA